ACUUGUUUGUUUGUAUUUGUUUGUUGCCUUUUUAAUGUUGUGCAGUCUGUCGAUGUUUACCCGGUUUAUAGUUACAGUUCAGAUGUUCUUUUGAUUUUCAGUUACUACGUUUUGCAGUUGAUAGUUACAUUGUUUGGUUGUCUUCUACAGUUACAAGUAAACAAACGUGCUGAUCUGUCCCCUGGACACCACACACAAGAGUAUGCAAAGCAGUGUGCCAGCAAACGCAAAAAAUGUCAAGAAACGUUCUGUAAGCCUUCUGCAAAAGGAAGACGUUUAUUCCUGAAGAAAGAGCGUGCUGUCAACCAGUCGGCUACAGAGUCACUGGAAGGCAUGACAUAUCAGUCAGAAGUUGGCCAUGAAGAUUGUACUGACAUAGACAGAAUUAUUCGAGGAGAGGUGUAUCCUCAUAUAACACAGAUAGCCGCCAAACAUGUGAGCACAGAGAAGAGCUUCAGUUGCUAUGUGUUACCCAAACUACCGAUGAGUGCCUCUGCCGAACAAGUGACUAAAAUUGUUGUGACAAAUAGUAGUGAUAUGUUUAUAAAUGGUGUUCCUGUUGAAACUAAAACUAUUGAAUCAGCACUCAGAGAAUUGUUUAGCUGGCUGAAACAGUUCAGAUACGUGUUUCUAAUUGCACAUAAUGGAAAACGUUUUGACUUUCCUAUCAUUAUCAACGCCUGUUUAGCUACUGGAAUGUUUAGUGAACUUUGUGCAUGUGUGUUAGGAUUGGUAGACACUCUUCCAGUAUUUAAAUCCGUAUGUCCUAAAAGGGAGUCUUACAAACAGGAGGAUCUGGCCCGUACAUUGCUUUCCAAAGUGUAUAACGCUCAUAACGCUCUUGAUGAUAUCAAGUGUUUGGCAGAGCUGGUCAGUUACGCUAUGAAACAUGAUGAGAAGUGUGUAGUAGUGAAGAGUUUUCCUCCUAGAGAUGUCAAACACAACUUGGAAUCCAACAUAGAGAAAAAGAAAAACAUGCCAUCUCUUUCUGUUCUGGUAGCAAAUGGUGUCAUGAAGUCGUCCACUGCCGACAAUGUGGCUAGCUCGGGGUUAAAUUUCAAACAUUUACAUACAAUCUUUCUACGUAAGGGAGAAGAUGGACUGUACAAUGUAUUUACUAUGAGAAACAGUGAAGGGUUGCCAAGAGUGACAAAUUCUAAGAGGGUUUUGGAGGCUGUAAUUCCAAAAUUAGUGUCGUAUUUUGAAGGCAAAAAUUAGGUUUGUUCGUCAAUUCAAGGUCAAACAUGUACUAUGUCUUGAUUUAUUUUAUAAAUAAUUUGACACUAGUUCAAGUUAUUUAUCUUUCAAAGAAGAACUGAAUCUUUCAGAAGAGUACUGUAUUUAUGAAUAAUGUAUGGCAAGCAAAAUAGAUACUUAUUUUUGUGAAAAUAAUCUUGAAAGACAUUUCGAGCAUUUUUUUUUCAUGAAAAAAUUGAUAUCGUAAUUUUAGGGGAUACCUUUUUGCUUGGACUUAUUUAAAUAAUAAUAGAUGGUAAAAGUUUUUGAUUUUCAUAUAUCUUAUUGCCUACACUUUGAGGAAAAUUUUAAUACCAAAAUUACAUUGUUACAUACCUUUGAAUGUAUAAAGUUUGAACUUUGAAACAAAUAGUUGAAAAAAAUUUCAUCCCACAAGUCGUCAAUUUUAGCCCAUAUCGCUAUAUAUUUUUGCUUAUAUUUUAUGAAAGCCUUGUUUACUAUACAUGGAUUGUUGUUUUUUGGUACAAUAUAUAUAUAGAGGAAUAGAAUACC